GUGGAAGGCUCAGGUGAGCAUAGAACUCAGCGAAGAGAGAAACAGGUGCACUUCAUAACACGUCAAUUAGUGGCAUUCUUUGAGAUCCCUGUACAUUCCCAACAACUCAAGAUGAAGAACUUCCUGCUUGGCCUUGUUAUGGUGGUGGCAGUGAGCCUUGCUGCUGCCAGUACAUAUAGACGUUGCCCGGCAGAAGUGAACGUGCGGUGCCCUCCUGUGGGAAACACCUCGGUGCAUCUGCCUCAUCCCCACUACUGCAACAUGUACUGCCAGUGUGUGGGUGAAGGACUGGCCUAUGCGCUUUAUUGCCCCUGGACACUCUUGUGGGAUGACACAAUACAAGCGUGCAACUGGCCCGAUAAUGUGGAUUGCGGCAAUCGCCCUGUGCAGCACUUGUAGACAUUCGAGGAGGAAAGAAGAGAUUUGAUGACGAAAAGGUUGUUAUGGGUACCUGGUGAAGGGUUGUCUUGGUUAAUUGUGUUACUCGCAGCUUUAAUAAAUGUUAUGUUAUUA